GCGGACCGCGCGCCCGCCCUCCCCCCGACGCUCCGGCGCGGCCGCCCCCCCCGGCUGGUCCGGCCGGGCCGGGCGGAUGCGGGGGCCCGCGGCGCGCGCCGCGGCGGAGAGGGGCGCCCGGGUCGCGCUGGAGGGCGGACCUGCGGCGACGGCUGCGUGCCCGGCGUGCUGAAGGCGCCCGAGGCCAGGUGCCAGGCUGCCCAGGGCGGCGCCGCUGACACGCAGGCCGCUGCGCACAGGGCCCAGGACUGCUACACCUCGCCAUGCAGCCCGGCUUCGUGCCGCAGCAGCAGCAGCCGCAGCAGCAGCAGCCGCAGCAAUUCAGGCCCCAGCUCGUCCGGGCCACCUUCGCGGCGGCCCCAGCGCCAGGCAGGCCGUUCGUGGUCACGCAGGUGCCGCAGGGGCGGCCCGUGGGCCAGUACUCCGUGGCGGGGCCCCGGCCAGUGGUGGUCACGCAGGCACGGCCGGUGGGCGGCUUCGUGCAGGGGGUGCGGCCUGGGCAGCCUUUCGUGCCCUUUGUCAAGGGGUUCGGCAAGGGUGGCGGUGGCUUCGACGAGGAGGACCGCAGCCGGGACUGGCACUGCCCCAAGUGCAGGGAGCGGAACUUCGUGAAGCGGUCGGCGUGCUUCCGGUGUCAAGCGCCAAAGCCUGCGGACUGCCAGGUGGGGCUCCAGGAGCAGGUGAAGUCGGGCCAGACGCUCAACGGCAUGGUCAAGAGCUACAACCGCAAAGGUUUUGGCUUCCUCAUGACCUUUGGCCUUGGGGACUUCCCCGACGUCUACUACACCAGAGAGAACUUGAGCCCCAAGCUGGAGACCCGCGACAUCCCUGGGCAGCACGUGACCUUCGAGAUCCUCCGCAUGCCGGACGGCAAGAUGAUCGCCACGAACAUCCGCCCCCUCGGGGAGGAGAUGUCGGCCGCCAGGGCCGCGGCCGAACCGUCGACGGCCGGCAAGGGCUUCGGGAAAAUGGGCGUGGGUUGCGGCGGCGCCUUCUGCGGGGGCGGCUUCGUCGGCGCCGGCGCGGAGCCUCAGUUCGGCCCCCUGAGAGGCAGGGAGGAGGAGGAUAGAAGCCGAGAUUGGGAGUGCACUUCAUGCGGGGAGCGCAACUUCGUGAAGCGCCUGGAGUGCUUCCGAUGCAAGACGCCUCGCUGCAAGGGGUUCUCCGACACCGCCCCAGCGGGUUCCGCGGCUCCUGCUGCCCCGGCGCACAGAGCCAUCUCACCGCACGCUGGGUCCAGGGCGAUGGCGUUUUCUGGGAGAAGAACGAGCGGGAGCCGCAGCCCGAGCAGAAGAAGCCGGUCUCGCAGGAAAAAGAAAAAGAAGAAGAAAGACAAAAAGAAGAAGAAGAGCUCCAGCUCCAGCUCUGGCUCCUCCGAGAAGAAGGAGAAGAGGAAGAAAAAGGACAAGAAGAGGCGGAAGUCCGACAGCUCGAGCGAGGCGAGCGCAAAGUCGGUCAGGAGCGACUCGAGCAGCGGGGUCAAGGUGCAGGAGCCUGGCAGUGCUGUUGGCGAGGAGGGGAAGCUGGAGAACCAGGAGAACCCAGAGAUCGCCAAGGCGAAGGGCGAGGCUCUUGACGAGCUCCUGGCCCUGAAGUCUGUAGAGCCGCUGGAGGCCCGCAUGAAGGCGUGGCGCGCACUGCUGCGGAAGUGGCACCCCGACAAGAACCAGGAUCGGACCGAGGUUGCUACAGCAGUGUUCCAGUUCCUCCAGAAGGGCAAGCCCAUCUUGGAAAAUAAAUGAGGGCUGGCUGGUCCGAGGUGCCCGGAGGCCGGCGGCGCGGAGCAGGCCACCCGAGGCCCUCGCGCCCUCUGGCCCCUUGCCCGUGGCCUCCCUCGUGGUCGACCUGGGCCUUCGGACGGACCUGAGCGGGGCCUGCUGGAGCGGCGCGCCGUGCCCCUCCGGAAUCUCCCCGCGCUGCCGCGCCGGCCUUGCUGCUAUGAGCGAACGGGCAAAAGGUCUCUCGACUUGGCUUAUUGCGGGCGGCGCUGUGGUGCGAUUGCUGCUGUCAGCAGUUCACAGUGGGAGUAGCCCUGCGUGUAGAGGCUGUUCCCCUACCGACGGGCCAAAGUGGCUUCGAGCAGCGAUGAUUAGGUAUCAUCUGUGUAUAUCUAGAGACUGCUGCAUUGGCUGACUGACUGGUAUAGGUGGACUUGCGCAGAGACUGACCGGCGGCAGUUUUGGAUCUUCCCCACGUCUCCUCCUUCUCCUCCUCCUCCUCCUCCUCCUCC